AUUUUAUCCUUUUUCCAUUUUUAUCAGUAAUUACAACACAGAGAAGGCCGGGGACGUGAGGAACAGACAAACACAACCAUGGAUGUCGACUUGUACGAUGAGUUCGGCAACUACAUCGGGCCGGAGCUGGACUCGGAGGAGGAAGAGGAGGAGGAGGACGAUGACGACUACCCAGACCAAGAGCAGGACAUGAAUGGCUUUGAGGAGGAGGAGGGGGGGCCGGGGGAGGAGGAGGAGGUGGCGUCCCAGGCAGUGGUGUUACACGAGGACAAGCAGUAUUAUCCAAGUGCCGCUGAUGUCUAUGGCCCAGAGGUGGAGACGAUCGUGCAGGAGGAGGACGCACAGCCACUCACACAGCCAAUCAUUCAGCCGGUCAAAAUCAAGAAGUUCAGCCACGUGGAGAAGGACCUACCCAGCACAAGUUACAACCUGGAGUUCCUGGCCGACCUGAUGGACAACCCGAGUCUGGUGCGCAACAUCUCCCUCAUCGGACACCUGCACCACGGCAAGAGUACCUUCAUGGAUUGCCUCGUACACCAGACGCACCCGGAGUUCAGGAGCAAGGAGGAUGUGCCAGUGCGUUACACAGACACACUCUUCACUGAGGGUGAGCGCGGGCUGUCCAUCAAGGCCACGCCCAUCACGCUGGUCAUGCAGGACGUGCGCAACAAGAGCUACCUCCUCAACAUCUUCGACACGCCCGGACACGUUAACUUCUCCGAUGAGGUGACGGCGGCCAUGCGUUUGAGUGACGGCGUGGUGCUGUUCAUCGAUGCAGCGGAGGGCGUGAUGCUGAACACGCAGCGUCUGCUGAAGCACGCGGCCCAGGAGCGCCUGGCCCUGACGGUGUGCAUCAACAAGGUGGACCGCCUCAUCCUGGAGCUGAAGCUGCCGCCGCAGGACGCCUACUACAAGCUGCGGCACAUCGUGGAGGAGGUGAACUCCCUGCUGCAGCAGUACACAGACCAGGACAACCCGCAGAUCAUCUCCCCGCUGCUGGGCAACGUGUGCUUUGCCUCCUCCCAGUACUCCCUCUGCUUCACCCUCAAAUCCUUCGCCAAGAUGUACAGCCAGCAGUACGGCUACGACCUGCCCCUCGAGGACUUCGCGCGCCGCCUCUGGGGCGACAUUUACUUCAACCCCAGGACCAGGAAGUUCAGCAAGAAGCCGCCCAGCUCCACCGCCCAGCGCAGCUUUGUGGAGUUCAUCCUGGAGCCGCUGUACAAGAUCUUCGCACACAUCGUGGGUGACGUGGACACCCACCUGCCGGCGCUGAUGGAGGAGCUGGGCGUGCACAUGAGCAAGGAGGAGCAGCGCAUGAACAUCCGGCCGCUGCUCAAGCUGUUCAUGACGCGCCUCAUCGGGGACUUUGACGGCUUCGUGGACAUGUGUGUGCAGCACGUGGCCUCGCCCCAGGCCGCCGGCCGCCACAAGGUGGAGACCACCUACACGGGGCCGCAGGACAGCCAGCUGGCCCUAACCAUGAUGCGCUGCGACCCCGAGGGGCCGCUGGUGGUGCACACCACCAAGCAGUACCCCAACGAGGACGCCACCACCUUCCACGUGUUCGGGCGCGUCAUCUCCGGCACCAUCCGCGCCAACCAGGAGGUGCGCGUGCUGGGCGAGAAGUACACACUGCUGGACGAGGAGGACUCGCGCCUGCUCACCGUGGGCCGCCUCUGGGUCAGCGAGGGCCGCUACAACAUCGAGGUGAACGCCGUGCCUGCCGGGAACUGGGUGCUGGUGGAGGGCAUCGACGAGCCCAUCGUCAAGACCUCCACCCUCACCGACCUGCCGCCCUCCAGCGAGCUGCACAUCUUCCGGCCCCUCAAGUUCAACACACAGUCUGUGAUCAAGAUCGCGGUGGAGCCCGUCAACCCCUCGGAGCUGCCCAAGAUGCUGGAUGGGCUGCGCAAGGUCAACAAGUCAUACCCGCUGCUCAACAACCGCGUGGAGGAGUCCGGCGAGCACGUCAUCCUGGGCACCGGGGAGCUGUACCUGGACUGUGUCAUGCACGACCUGCGCAAGAUGUACUCAGAGAUCGACAUCAAGGUGGCGGACCCCGUGGUGAGCUUCUGUGAGACCGUGGUGGACACAUCCUCCCUCAAGUGCUUCGCGGAGACCCCCAACAAGCGCAACAAGGUGACCAUGAUCGCCGAGCCCCUGGAGCGCGGCCUGGCUGAGGACAUCGAGGGCGAGGUGGUGCAGAUCUCCUGGGACCGCCGCCGCCUCGGGGAGUUCUUCCAGACACGUUACGACUGGGACGUGCUGGCGGCGCGCUCCAUCUGGGCCUUCGGGCCGGACCACAGCGGCCCAAACAUCCUGGUGGACGACACGCUGCCCUCGGAGGUGGACAAGAACCUGCUGUCCUCCGUGCGGGACUCCAUCGUGCAGGGCUUCCAGUGGGGCACCCGUGAGGGGCCGCUGUGCGAGGAGCCCAUCAGGAACUGCAAGUUCAAGAUCCUGGACGCCGUCAUCGCCGAGGAGCCGCUGCACCGCGGCGGCGGCCAGGUCAUCCCCACGGCCCGCCGCGUGGCCUACUCCGCCUUCCUGAUGGCCACGCCGCGCCUCAUGGAGCCGUAUUACUUCGUGGAGAUCCAGGCGCCGGCAGACUGCGUGUCCUCCGUGUACACGGUGCUCACCAAGCGCCGCGGCCACGUGACGCAGGACGCGCCCGUGGCCGGCUCACCGCUCUACACCAUCAAGGCCUUCAUCCCUGCCAUAGACUCCUUUGGCUUUGAGACCGACCUGCGCAUGCACACGCAGGGCCAGGCCUUCUGCCUCAGCGUCUUCCACCACUGGCAGAUCGUGCCCGGUGACCCGCUGGACAAGAGCAUCGUCAUCCGCCCGCUGGAGCCCCAGCCGGCCACGCACCUGGCCAGGGAGUUCAUGAUCAAGACGCGCCGCAGGAAGGGGCUCUCCGAGGACGUCUCCAUCAACAAGUUCUUCGACGACCCCAUGUUGCUGGAGCUGGCGCGGCAGGACGUGACCCUCAACUACGCCUAGACCCAUGCCCAUGCUGUCCCCCUGCCCCUGCCCCUGCCCCUUCUGUCACCAUGCCAACACCACUACUACUACGGUCUCUACACUCUCUUUUCUCCUCCUCCUCUCCCACACACUUCAUCCCUCCUACAUCUAUUGAUCUGGACAGCACCAACACUACUACCGCGACUUUUACUGUCUUCUUUACAUAUACUAUUCUCAUCCUCAACCUCCACAAUCCAUCCAUCCUACAUCUAUUAUUUCCGACAGUUAUUGGAGUGGAUGUGUGCGUGUAUGUGAGUGUGUGUGUGUGUCUGGGUCUGGCUAACACAAGUACGAGUGGUUUGGAAAUAAUCACCAACUUGUAUCUUGUUUAUUAAUGUAUAAAUUCUACAAGCCAGUCGGACCGCGGAGUGCAAGAAAGAUUAGCUCUAGACAUGUUUUAUAUUUUGCGUUGUAAGUACAAAUAAAAAACAAACUACCAUUGA